AUGAGGCCCCAGUUCUACCUCCUUUGCGCUCGCAGUGGCUCCGAGUCCCAGAGUGCCUCGCGCCGCCUCAGACCCGGAAGCUGUGUGAUGAUGACGCCGGGUCUGUCAGGCAGGUUACGGUACCCAAUGGAGAUGUCAUCGUACCUGACCGUUUUGUUGCUGGUAACUUUGAGCAGCUGCCAAGCAUCCCUACGCAAUGUUACUGCAGAGCUUUUGGGCUCAGAAGCCCACGGAAAACUGGCGGCGUUCGGGGACUUCAAUGCUGACAAACAGACUGACCUGUUCAUCAUCAGAGGGGGUAAUGAACUAAGAAUAUUUAUGGCAGAACAGAAGACCACAUUCUUCAGCCCAAAAGUGAAGCUGUCUUUAGCGAGUGAGCAGCUUGUCAUAACCAGUGUGGUUCCUGGUGAUUACAAUGGUGACUCACAAAUGGACGUCCUGCUGACUACAGUUCCACACAAUCAAGUCAACAGCGAAGCUCUGCUCUCUGCCGUUAUCUACUGGGGACAAAAUCAGUCUUUGAGUAUUAAUAAUAAAACUCCUCUAAACAAAACCUACUUGGAUGAGCCAUUAAUCAUGGACUUUAAUGGAGAUCUGAUUCCCGAUAUAUUCGGCGUUACCAAUGAAAGCAAGAUGCCACUGAUCAUAUUUGGCGGGAAUUUGUCAACAUCAACAAUGCUGAACACUAAAAGUCAGAUGUUUGCACCUCACUCGCAUGCAUUUAUAGACCUGACAGGAGAUUUUACAGCUGAUUUGUUUCUCACUACUUUGUCGGAUACCAAGGAAAUUCAGUUUGAAACAUGGAGAAAUGAGGGUGGACAUUUUCCUAAUUACACCUUCGUUAUACAGAAACCUAAAGGAGUGACUGUAGUGGGUCAGUCAGUCUUUGCUGACUUUGAUGGAGAUGGUAAGCAGGACCACUUGCUGCCUGCCUGUGAAGAUGAGAAAUGUCUGAACAGUGUGAUUUAUCUUCUUAAGAAUGGAUCCAAAGAGUGGAUUCCUGUGUUGAAGGACUUUGGAAAUAAAAACACACAAUGGGGCUUUGUGCCACUGGCUCAACCACUCACUCAAUCAAUACCAAUUACUCUUCACAUUGGAGACUACAACAUGGAUGGGUACCCAGAUGCUUUGGCUAUUUUAAAGAAUACAUCAGGAAGCAACCAGCAAGCUUUCCUUCUUGAGAACAUCGCCUGUCCCAACUCAACAUGUUCUAGGAUAUUCCAGGUUUACUGGGAUCUUUCCGAUUUAAAUCAGAUUAAGGAUGCAGUAGUGGCAACUUUCUUUGACAUUUAUGAAGAUGGAGUCCUGGACAUUAUUGUGCUGAGCAGGGGGGAUUCUCAGGAUAAUUACGCCAUUAACAUGUUGAAAAAUAACUUUGAAGCAGAUGCCUAUUUUGUUAAAGUCAUUGUGCUUAGUGGAUUUUGCUCCAAUGAUUGUCCACAUCAAGUCAAGCCUUUUGGUGUGAAUCAGCCGGGACCAUACAUCAUGUAUACAACAGUAGAUGCAAAUGGAUAUCAGAAAAAUGCAUCAGCCGGGCAACUCAGUCAGUCUGCACACCUAGCUCUCCAGCUGCCAUACAAUGUGCUUGGAUUAGGACGCAGCGCAAACUUCCUUGAUCAUUUGUUCGUUGGCAUUCCCCGUCCCCCAGGGGAGAAGGAAAUACGAAGACAAGAAUGGACUGCAAUUAUUCCAAAUUCCCAACUGAUUGUUAUUCCGUAUCCUCACCAAUCUCCCCGAAGCUGGAGUGCAAAGUUGUAUCUGACCCCAAGUAACAUAGUGCUUCUGACAGCCAUCACCCUAAUUGGUGUUUGUGUUUUCAUCCUGGCGAUAAUUGGCAUCCUCCACUGGCAGGAGAAGAAAGCAGAUGACAGAGAAAAAAGACAAGAAGCUCACCGAUUUCACUUUGACGCAAUGUGAAAUAUCACAAAGCCCUUUUGCUGCCUGACAGAAUGCUUGUGAUCAUCUUGGCAGUGGAGGGGUUAAAAGCAAUGAGGCUGGGGAUAGCGACAAUGUCGGCAGGCACAUUACCCUGGGGCAAACUAGAGUGUUCAGACCACAGUGAGCAGGGAGAGUACAGUCUGUAUAUGUUAAAUUAUGUGUUACUUUAUUGGGGGUGCAUUAAAUCACAUGAGAUUCAGAAACUGUUCCAGCCUAUCUGUUUUGCUUAUUUCGAGGACCGUGAUCUGGGUGGUUUGCCUUUUUGUAAAGGUGAGCAAGGUGGGUUGUGUUGAAACGUAUUUUUUUUAUUUUUUUGGUAGAGGGUUCACCCAUUUGAAAUAUUCGAGCAUAAUCUGAAAUGAAUGAUGUAAAUAAUCGUUACAUUUUUUUGAGAGGGCAGUUGUUUGAUAGUUAUGAUUUUAUUUAUUGAAUGUCUGCAGCAGAUUUACAAAAGAUGCUUUCAAAUAAAUGCAACGCAUGACAAUAGUUAAAUUGUGAUGCAGAAUAUUUUAUUUCCCCCUCUCUGUCUCUCCCUUUCUUCCCUGUUCUCUUUCCUUCUCUAUCUCCCUCACCUCUCCUCUAUUUAAUGCUGUGUAUAUGUUUCUUGAGUUCUGCAAAUGAUGCAUGUCUGUUGUCCUCAUUUUAAUAUUUGCACUACUGCAACCACUUAAAUUUGCACAAAGGGUUAAACUUUUAAGUGUGUAUGUGUAAAACUAAUGACUGUUGAGAAUGAGUACUACACUUUACUGAUUCCUAUGAUAUAUACAUUUUGUUUUACUCAUUCCAAUGAUGUGUAACCUUUGUUUUAUAACUAUUUGAUCAUUAUGGAAAUAAAGAUAUAUUAUUUUAGUGCCAAAACUAGCCUGCAGUAACAAUUAAAUCCAUAUAUUGCACAAAACAGCGUUGCUUUUUUUAAUUAGAAGGUGAAACAGUUGCUACAGUGAAUUAUGCUGAAUUUUAAGUUCUACCAUUACUGUAUUUCAAGUGCUGGCUUUUGCAAACACGUAUGUUCUGCUUGUCUGGAUGUUUGCUGAGAUAAAUAUUUGUAAAACCUUAAAUUGUAUGUACAAUAGAGCAAUUUUUAAUGCAUCCGCUGUACCUAAGCAAUCUGUAAAUCUGUGCCACCUUUACAAAUAUUUAAAUGAUUAAAAACGUAACUAUGUAUUUUUGUGUUGUGUGGUUUAAUAAAUAUUGUUUAAUAAAAUGAAUGUGUAUAACAGA